GAGGAUUUGAUCGCUGCUUGGGAGAACGGGAAGGCUUCACCCAUCGCUGAAGGGUCUUCUACUGCGCUUUGGCGAGAGCCUGCAUUCCAGGUAACUUUCAAGAUCACGAACACUGGACCUGUAUCUGGAAUGGAGACUCCUCGGUACAUUCACUUCCUGUCUUCCGCUAGCGAGCCUCCAUCAGUCCUAAAGGGUUUCACAAACGUCGAAAUCUCGCCGUCCAGCACAGAACAAGCCUCGAUCACGCUCUCGCGCUAUGACCUGUCUAUCUGGGACGUCGUCGCUCAGGGGUGGUGCGAGCCUGAUGGCCAGAUCUCGUUCUCUAUCGGUGCGAGCAGUAGGGACUUUAGGCCACAGGGGAAUAUUCCUACUUGA